GUGAAGGGCUCAUCCAGCACUGGCAUCGAGCCCAAAGUGGCUUUGUGACUGGAUGUGACAUGGCUCGAUGGAGCUGGACGGCGCUUCCCGUUGCUUUGCUGCCAAGGAGCUCACUGUGCAACGCGCAGCUGCCCCCAGAAUGUGUGGAGUUUGCCACCUGCGCCCAAGCGGGGGCACAGUGGCAGGAGUUCCGACACGCGGUGCAGCAGGCCGCUGCCCUGGAAGCAGCGAAUCAGCAGGCGGCUAUGGAGCUCUAUUUCCAGCUCAUGCAGCGCUACACCUUGGACGCGGGGAUGGCUCUGCAGUGCCGCAUGGGCUCUGCCAGCGUCUUCUACCGCCUGGGGCGGAUGUACUUGGGUAUGGGCUACUCGCAGCGUGCCGCCAACCUCUUCCAGUUGGCCAUGAGCAUGUUCUGGGACACCUCGCGGUCCGAGAACGGCAUGGCGUGCCUGCAGCAUGAGAUGUGGGGCGUGAGGUGGUUCGAAGACUUCAUGGAGACCUACCUCAGCAACGCCGCGAGGAUCCGGCGCAACGACCUGGCCAUGCUGCCGCAUUUGUCGGAGCUCCAGGUGCCUGACACCUAUCGAGACCCCAACCUCUCCAUCGGAGUCUUCUCGCUCUGCGACUACAGCCCCGAGUCCCCCAUGGCUUGGCUGCUGCAAAGGUCGCGCAGGAACCGCCAGGCCUACUGCAGCCGCCAUGGCUAUGGCUUGGAGUGGACCAGCGAGCGGCCAGGUUCCUCCAAGGACCGACACCCUGUCUGGGGCCAGAUCGCUGGGCCGCUGGAAUUGAUCAACGCGGGAAAGUACGACUGGAUCCUCUCCAUGGAUUGCGACUCGCUCUUCGUGGACCUGACGGUGACGGUCGACAGCCUGCUGUACCGCUUCGCUUCCCGGGCCACGCCCUGGGGGAAGUUGGAGCUGGAUCCGGAGGUGCACUUCCUCAUCUCCGAGGACGGGCGCGGACUGGCAGGGGGCAACUGGAUCGUCCGCAACUCCCCGGAAGGCCGGGCGUUUCUGAGCGAGGUGUACGGCCCAGGAGAGGAGGCGAAGAACCCCUACAUGAGGCACGACCUCCGAGACCAGUUCUCCCUUCUUUGGCACCUGGUGAGGCCGGGGGUGGGGCUGCCUUUGCCGCCAGAAGCUGGAGGUGGCUCUCCGGCGAGCUGGGCCGCGGUGGGCUACUUGCCCCUAGUACGGCUGGUGCCGCAGGACAUGUUGCUCGGCUCCUACCCUUUCGUCAGCUGCUCGCAGCCGGGGGACCAGGCGCACCGCUGCUUCGAGGAGAGCCGGAAGUUCAUCGUCUCCAUCCCGCUGCUAGGUGCACUUCCCCAGCAGCUGGCCCAGGCGGUGCUGGACCGGUUUCUCCUGGAGAGCCUGGGCACUUUGGACGAUCCCGUAUACGAGCAGCAGCUUCGGGGCAUGUGCGCCACCGUGGACAUCUCCCAGUGCUUGGUCUUGGCCUCGAUUCGGGUCGAUCUGCCCAGUUCGCCCGCCUUUGCCUGGGCACAGCAGGCACAGAAGCCGCGGAAGGCUGACAAAGACAAAGAUAGGUUCGACGGGUCGAAGAAGCGCCCGGAGCGGGCGGUGCGCAGCAAGAGCCUCGCAGAGCUGCUCGCGGAGGAGGAGGCGGGGAAGGGCCCGAAGCUGGAGGAAGCCUUGCUGGCGGUGUUUCAGCUCAUCGACGCCGACUGCGGCGGGUCCAUCUCUAAGCUGGAGCUCAUCGGCGCGGUGUACCGACAUGCCCUGGUGGCCUCCUUUGUGCUGCAGGGCCACGAUAUCAACGUGGACCUCCGGGACGCCAACGGCCAGGUAUCGAUCAAUGAGUACAGCUUCGAUGCCAUCGAUGACAUUUUCGAGAGCAUGUCCGGCGGCAGCAGCCGCGUGAAGUACAUGGACUUCGCGAGCCACUUCCGGCGCGCCGCCGCGGCGUCCUUGGCGGCGGAGCGCGAGCAGGGGGGCAUGCGGGAGAUCUUCCGGCAGAUCGACGCGGACGGGGAUGGGGCCAUCUCCAAGCUGGAGCUGGUGGCGGCCAUCCAACGGGACAAGCGGGUCUCCUCCUACCUGCUCCCGGGCAUCAACCCUCGGGUCAUCUUAGAGGAUGAGGCGAGCUAUGACGCCGUGUGCGCCUUGUUCGACCAGAUGGCCGCGGGCCGGCAGCGCAUCAGGUGGCUGGAUUUCAAGAACCACUGCCUCACGGCGCGGUUCCCGGAGGUCUUCGAUUCCACGCCUUCGCACUGUGGCAGCCCACAGAGCUGCCCGAGCCCGCAGAACGCUGAGAAGUGCGACAGGUCCAAGAUCCGAGUGCUGGUCCUGGGCCCGGGCUUCGGACGGGAGCGGAACCCUCACCAGGCCGCCAUGCUCGUCCAGGCGGGGUUUCAGCUUCACUGGGUGAGGGACUUGCAGGAGUUCCCAGAUGACGGGGCACGUCUCACCUACCACCUGGUGGCUCCCCAUUUGCCGAAGAUCCGCGACGAGAUCCAGCGAGUCCGGCCCAGCGCAGUGCUUUGCGCCUCCCAAGGAGGUGCUUACCUGGUGGGCCUUUGGCAGCUAGGCUUUUGGCAGGGCCCCAGCAUCAUGCUGAACUGCCACCCCUCGCUGCCGAUGCGCCUCCCGGGCGCGCAAAUCGUCUUGGCCCACGGCUCCAAUGACGAGAGCUACCUCUGGCGACGAGAGGACUUGGAGGAUUUGGUGUGCACAGGAGCGCCAAACAAGUGCUUCCUCUACUAUACCGCCAACAGCGGAUAUUUGGCAUCGGGCUCCUUGACAAGGCUGGGGGACCGGCAUGCGAUGCAGUCCAUCCUCACCCACGACUGCUUGCCGCGGCUCAUCGAGGCGGCAGUGAGUCCCCAGGGCCCGGAGAUGCACAUGCUACACAGCUGGCGCCAGCAGCUGGGAGAGCAGCGAUUGGAGGCCCAGCACUGGCUGGGCUACUCCUUGGAGCGCCUGAGGCGGCUCUGGGCCUCCCCGGGGCGUCAGGGCUGCGCUGAGCAGAAGCUCUUCCCGGUGCCCCAGACCAGCGAGGAGUACCGGAAGGUGGCUGCGAUCUUUAAGGCGGAGCCACCUGAGCCUCCGGCCUACAUGCUUUCCUCGCAGGCGAGCUGGGAGCAGUUGCCCAUUAUCAAGAUCGAGCGAAUCGAGCACGGGUGCCAGCUGGAGUGCUCGGCCAUGCCCUACCGGGACGGCCUGAGGAAGUCGCUGAAGGAGCAGGGCCUGGACUUCGAGGCCUCGGUCCACGGCUGCUGGGCCUUCCACGGAGCAGACUCCGAGGCCCUGGGCUCCGUGAUCCGCGACGUCUCGGGCUUCCAGCCCUUGAUCUCUGGCAGCCGCAACAGCCCGGUGUGGGGCUCAGGCACCUACUUCGCGCGGGACGCCAAGUACGUGGCGGACGGCCAGUUCUGCCCCCGGCGGCCGGACGGGCUGCGGUGCAUGCUCCUGUGCCUCGUGACGCUGGGCAUGCCCUGCCUGGGGGAUCCCCAACAAAAGGGGGUCCUGCCAUUCCGCCAGAAGCCGCAUCGCUACAACUCCACAGUGGACUCCUUGUCCAGCCCCGAGGUCUACGUCGUCCAGCACGCAGGAGCGGCCCACCCCGCGUACCUCAUCACCUUCGCAUAG